CCGAGGUGACGCCGUUUCGGCGGGGAGGGCCGCGCUGGAGAAAUACCGGAGUGUUCUCCCACAGACAGUGCUCUAGUGUCCCGGACGUGGCGUCUGCAACACUCCGGGACUCCGAGGCGCGCUUUUUCCCAUCAAAAGGCAUUUUAGUAAAGACAGUGUUUGUGGCCCCCCCAAGACUGCCAGAGCGGUAGCAGGCCUUAGACACCACCGGUCCUAGCCGCUUCGUUCUUUAACACCCAACAAGCAUUUAUGCCCCCUGGGUGCCAGGUGCUAGGGAGACGGUAGUAGUGAACGGGAGUCUGGUUGCCAGCUUGGAGGAACUCAGUGUCAAGGGGGUAAGACAGAUGUGUAAACAGUGACUGUGGUUUGGAGCUUUUUAUCAGAGGCGCGCGCUGCGGGCUCCUGUAACACAGGGAAUUGAGACCUGAUCCGAUGCCUGGGUAGUCAGGGAAGGCUUCCUGGAGAAAGGGCUGUUCCGGAAUAAGGAGUUCACCAGCCUCACCGGGCGUCAGGAUGAUGGAAGAGCGAGUGCAAAGGCCCGGAAACGUAGGCACGCAAGACUUGGUGGUGGAAUUGCAAGUUGUUUGGAAUGGAUGUCCUGCAGUUUGUGGGCUAAAGUUCAAGAACUGUGCUGCUGAGUCUAAUGAUUCAUGGUUAUGGUCUUGGAGAAUUUCUUCUGAUAUUGGACAACUCAGUAAUCAGUCUUGUGAUCCUGCCUCUGGAUUGUUUGCCUGCUGGGCUGUGUAUCUGAGGGAACUUAUAGAAAUGCUGGCAAUUUCAAGAAACCAAAAGAUGUUACACCAGCCUGGAGAGGAAAACCAGAUCCUGGAGUUGUUAAUUCACAGAGAUGGGGAAUUUCAAGAACUGAUGAAAUUGGCACUUAAUCAGGGAAAAAUCCAUCAUGAAAUGCAAGUUUUAGAAAAAGAAGUGGAAAAGAGAGACAGUGAUAUUCAGCAACUACAAAAACAGCUAAAGGAAGCAGAACAAAUACUGGCAACAGCUGUUUACCAAGCAAAAGAAAAGCUCAAAUCAAUAGAAAAAGCAAGAAAAGGUGCUAUCUCCUCCGAAGAAAUAAUUAAAUAUGCACAUAGGAUUAGUGCAAGUAAUGCUGUGUGUGCCCCACUGACCUGGGUUCCAGGGGACCCACGGAGACCAUACCCAACUGAUCUAGAGAUGAGAAGUGGGUUAUUGGGUCAGAUGAACAAUCCUUCAACUAAUGGUGUGAAUGGUCAUUUACCAGGAGAUGCACUUGCAGCAGGCAGAUUGCCAGAUGUGCUUGCUCCACAGUAUCCGUGGCAAUCAAAUGAUAUGUCAAUGAAUAUGUUACCACCAAAUCACAGUAAUGACUUUUUGUUGGAACCUCCUGGGCAUAAUAAAGAAAAUGAAGAUGAUGUAGAGGUGAUGUCAACGGACUCCUCAAGCAGUAGUAGUGACUCUGAUUAAAAAGGCAUAAAAGACAAAAAGCAUACAGAAUUGGGUAUUGUAGAUUUCUUUUCCUUAAACAAUAGCAGAGAAAUGUAAACUGCAAACCCGUUAGAAUAGCCAGGUAAAUACUGGUUAAAGCAGAAUUGUGCAACCAGUUAAAAAUAAGAGUGGGCUUUCUUUAUAAAGCCACAAGUAAUGGUUUCAGUUUUAAUCCACUGUAUGUGUAGGAAAUCAUCAAAAUUUACUGUUGCUAGAAAUGAUUAUUCAGUUGUUCGGUGCUGUCUUACCCUGUUCUAUUCCAGUUGUCUUGGACUUGUAUGUAGUAGUAAUGGAAAUGAGAUUUAAGAGAAACAACCCAUAUGUGUAUUACUGAUGGGCCUCCUGGAAUUUUGAAAAGCAUUUUAAGAAAGCAGUGGAUCACUAAAUAUGUGACAUAUUUCAGAAUAACAAAAACCCUCACUUCACAGGGAUAUUAUCUUCUGUUGCAGGAACAGAAGAAAUCGUCUCAAUUUAUGCUGUUUGUAAUUAUUGUAACUUUUGUAAAUAAACUCAUUUUUGUUGUAUU